AUGAACACCUUCAUCGGCACCGUGGCCAUUGUUGUCAUGCAUCUUCCCAAUGGAGAUAUAAGAGGGAAGAGCCUGAUGUCAAUGAGUCACUUUGUCGGCUACGCUUUUUUUGGGCUCGUUGUCAAUUUAUAUCCAACCAAGAGGUGGAGGUAUAAAGUAUUCAUGGCUUGCCGUGCAGCUGCGGCGAUUUCCUCAUGCACAAUCAGCAUCGUUUUUCUGUACGAUGAUAGCACAAACUUUCUUUUGACAAGCGCUUCUCAGACUUCAACCACUUCUGUGACAAAUUUGGUGGCACUCUAG